AUGCAGACAGCUUUGCAGGAGAUGGUCAGCACGCAGAAGGCCAUCCUGGAAGCGUCCAAGAAGCCAGAUAAGAAGUUGACUCUGGUGGACAACCGCGGUUUGGCAAAGCCAAGCAACUUUGAUGGUAACUCGGAUUUCCUCCAAUGGAAGAUCCGGUUGGAAUCUUUUGUUGAGUCCGUUCAUGGUGACUUCGGCCAAGCGAUGGCUUGGGCAGAAGACGAAACAGAUCCAAUCAGCAACGCAUCCGAUUCCAUGAAGGCCGAGUUUGGUGAGGAAACUCCGGAACAGGAGACAAUACCAGACCUGGAAUCAAAAGAUGCACAACUUUACGCUGUUCUCCAAACUCUUUGCGAGAAAGAGGCAUUCACGCUCGUGAGAAGCGCAGGUAAAGGCAAAGGCUUAGAAGCUUGGAGGCGACUGUGCAAGCGGUUCGAUCCUUCGACUGGAGGUCGUCGGAGGGCACUGCUUCGUUCGGUGUUGAAUCCGAACCGUUGCAACAAGGUUGAGGAGUUGAGCGCAGCUGUCGAGAACUGGGAAGACCAGGUUGAACGACAUCUUCAACUCAACCAAGCACGCUUUGCAGACUAUUUUGAAGUCCGGAAGGAGCUCUCCACGUAUUUGGAGACGCGCAUUGGACUGAAGCUCAAGUCCGGUGGCGGUCAUUCCAGUUCGGAUUACAGCCCAUGGACAUAG